AUGCAGAAUGACACAUCCUCAUCUAUUCCAUCAGUACUUACCAAUGUUUUUCGGAUUGACCCUCUCAUUGUUUCAUACAUUGAAAUUUCUUUGGCAAUCGCUGCACUUUUCCUCUCGUUGUCACUUGUCGUGUAUAUCAUCUACUUUUAUCUCAAAAAACAUCACACAAUCACAAAGAACCACAAGAGAAUGAUUAUUGGAGUGCUCAUCAUGUGUAUUAUGGAGUGUUUCGUCUUGAUUUUCAGAAUUAUUUACGAUAGUUUGAGUAUUUCCUUUGGAUUGAGAUUUCAGAAAUAUGCUUCCACACUUGCAUUGAAAAAUUCCACAACUCUGGAGGGAUUUGAUACCUUCUUGUGGUAUAACAAUACUCUGGGAAUUACUCCAUAUGAUGUGGGAAUAAGUAUGGAAGAAAUUGUUAUUUUCAUAAUUUCUGUAGCAGCCGAAUUAUUCAUUGUUCUUAUGGAUAUUCAAGUGAUGGUCAUUAUUGUUUGGUUUGUUACACUGGUCUUUGUGGAAACGUUUAGAUUGUCGAGUGGAUUGUUAAAUUCAAGAAAAGUGCACUAUUUUGUAAAUAUUGUCACAAUUUUCACAAUUAUCAACUCGAUUGGAUUGUUGGUCAUUAAUUUAGUGACGACAAUUCUGACCAUUGUACAGAGAUUGGGAUAUAUCAGUGCCGAAUCCAUUACAUAUGUCUAUGGAUUGUGUCUAUUACUGUUCCUAAUUGAAAUUCUCUCCCAAAUAACCUUAUUAAUUAUUGCUGCAACAAUUGUUCUCCAAACAAUUUCCAAAAUCUCCAUAGAAAAUCAAAACAAGAGAAGAACCAUCAUUAAAAUUCUCAUAUUACAAAGUGGAUUAUUUGGUUGUUUCCUAUUCGAAGCUUUUGCAGCAGCCUCUGGAGUACUCGCCCAAGGAGUUGAAGCACAUUUUGCUUUAGGCUACUCAACUGGUAAUUCUCUUGGAAUCUUGAUAUUUGCCUGCACUGCUCUGACUUUGUAUACUCCUUUCCGAGCCCUGAAUACAAAGGCCAAUAGUGAAGAUCAUCAAGUGAAUGAUUCACUUCAUAGUAGGUUAAAGUCAUCAUCAUCAAAUAAUAAUUCCAUGAUGAUGAUGGAAAAGAAACAAUAUAGUUCGCUGAGUAAUGGAACAACAACUACAACACCUACAUCUUUAGUGAGAGUAGGAGAAAUACCUCCUCGUUUGAUGAUGAUAGAAUUGGAGGAGGCUGGUAUGAGCAAUGAUUGUUGUAUUCAAAGCAGCUCCGGAAAUGAUGAAAACAUGUUGAUGGAAAAGGUUAUUGUUGUUGAUGAAAAGACAAAACAACAACAACUACCACAAUCAACAUUAGUAAUUACUACCAUUCCAUGCAACGAACUAGAGAGCAUGAUCUUGAAAUAA